AUGCUGGAUUUGAUCCAGCAAGAACAAUAUGGGCAACGAAAUGGAAGGCUGAGGAAUGUCCAAACAACGAAAAACGGAGAGGUUUGUUGGAAACAGACUUCAACCGCUGAGCUCGGCUCCAAAUGGAAAAAACCAGAUUCAGCCAUCCCGAAGGAACUGAGGGAAACUUGUGUUAUCCAAGCUGGGAAGGAGGAGGAAGACUGGGAAAGGAACCUGCAGAGCGUCCAGUGUGAGGAUGCUGUAGCUUCUGGCGUACAGUAUCAGCGCUCUGUACAGUUCCAUUGCCAGGAGCCUCAGUGUAUCUCAAAGGUUUAUGACCACAGUCUUUGCCAGCGAUGGCUGAAGCCGGAAAGACACACCAAGAAGCAGAUCUUGGACCUGGUGAUCCUAGAGCAGUUCCUGGCCAUCCUGCCCCCAGAGAUGGAGAGCUGGGUGAGGGAAUGUGGGCCGGAGACCAGUUCCCAGGCAGUGGCCCUGGCAGAAGGCUUCCUCCUCAGCCAGGGAGGGUACUUGAAGCAGGAAGAGCAGGUGCCAGGGUUCUUCACAGGAGGUGCUGCAGGGACAGAGGAGGUUCUGACAGACACUGUUCAGAGGGUGCUGAUCAGAGGGAUUGCAUGGGCAGGAGACCAAGAUGCUGCCUUAAUGGAGGACCGAAGGAUCCACGCAAUUUGUCCUGGGCCUCAGGAGAUGAUUACCGAGCAGCGGAAUAAGGGCCUGGUGACAUUAGAGGAGGUGUCUGUCUGCUUCACCCAGGAGGAGUGGGCUCUGUUGGAUCCGGGUCAAAGGGCUUUGCAUACAGAAGUCAUGAUGGAGAACUGCCGGAAUCUGGCCUCUCUUGUUGAACUUCUGAUUCUCAAAUCUGACCUCGCAUCGUGGCUGGAAGAGGGGGAAGAUCCAUUUGUCCAGGGACUUGAAGAAGGAGAGAGAGCAUCAGGGCAGGAUAUCAAGAAUAGGAGGGGAGAGCAGAGAAGAGAAAUUGAAAUAAGCCCAGCAUGGAGGAAAGACUCCAUUGCUCCUGAAAGAGUCAACUUCCCAGAAAUUUUAAAUGAAGAACUCCCUCAGUGUGAAAAUCUCUUGCCUGCCAUCGAUCAUCUGAGCACCUAUCAAAACAUCUAUUAUGAUGAGAAGAUAUGGUUAGACCAUAGAGAAAGCUUCAGUCAGCACCCUAGACUUCCUUCAUGUCAUCUGAUGUCCUCUGAGGAGAAGCUACAGAGAUGUUCCAAAUACAGAAGGAGCUUCAGGAAGACGAGCCCGUCCAUUAAUCAGCAGAGAGGGCAGCGAAUGCACCUCAUUUCUCCUCACAAAGGGACGAAACCGUAUAAAUGCUUUGAAUGCGGAAAGGGCUUCACUCACAGCUUAAGCCUCAGUAACCACCAGAGAACCCACACCGGGGCAAAACCGUAUCAGUGCUCCGAGUGCGGAAGGUGCUUCAGUCAAAGUUCCCACCUUUUGAGACACCGGAAGUUGCACAUUGGUCUGAAGCCAUACAAGUGCUUAGGAUGUGGGAAGAGUUUCGGUCGGAAAUCGCACCUUUUGAGGCAUGAAAAACUGCACGUGGGGCUGAAGCCAUAUAUAUGCUCAGAAUGCGGGGAAGGCUUCUGGAGGAGCUCCCAUCUUACGCGACACCACAAGUUGCAUAUAGGACUCAAGCCCUAUCCGUGCUCGGUGUGUGGAAAGUGCUUCAGCCGGAGCUCUAGCUGCGCUUCCCAUCAGAGGAUCCACACUGGGGAGAAACCCUACAAAUGCUCAGACUGCGGGAAGAGCUUUGCUCAGAGCAGCUACCUUUCCAGACACCGAAAACUGCAUGUAGGGCUGAAACCGUAUAAAUGCUCAGAGUGUGGGAAAAGCUUCAGCCGCAGCUCACACCUUACCGUGCAUCAAAGAACCCACACCGGGGAGAAGCCGUAUGAAUGCUCCAUAUGUGGGAAGAGCUUCAGUCAUAACUCGGGCCUCGCUUGCCAUGAAAGAAUUCACACCGGGGAGAAACCGUAUCAGUGCUCAGAGUGUGGGAGGCACUUCCGUGAGUACUCAAACCUCGCUUCCCAUCAAAGAGUACACACGGGAGAGAAGCCGUAUGAGUGCUUAGAGUGUGGGAAAUGCUUCACUCAGAAUACAAGCCUGACUUGCCAUCAGAGAAUCCACACAAGGGAGAAACCCUACGUAUGCUCAGACUGCGGAAAGAGCUUCAAUCACAAAGGAAAUCUUGUUAACCAUCAAAGGCUGCACACGGGGGAGAAACCAUACAAAUGCUCAGAAUGCGGAAGGAGCUUCAGCCAGAAGGGAAGUCUUAUUGGUCACCAAAGAAUCCAUACUGGAGAGAAACCAUAUCAGUGCUCUGAGUGCGGGAAAAGCUUCAGGCUUGGCUCAAGCUUCACUUCCCACCAAAGAGUCCACACUGCAGAAAAACCAUAUAAAUGCUCAGUGUGUGAAAAAAGCUUCAGCCAGUGCUCACACCUUGCUAGGCAUAAAAAACUGCACACAGGACUGAAGCCAUACACUUGUUUGGUGUGUGGAAAGGGCUUCAUUGAGAGAUCAAGGUGUGCUUCCCAUCAAAAAGUGCAUGCAAAAGAGAAACUGUGCUAAUGCUCAAGAUUGCAGAAAGCGUUUCCUUUGUGCUACAUAGAGAAUCCAUGCAAGGGAAGUGACCAUUUAAAUGCC